AUGAUGUUAUUACAGAACCUCGUCGUUGCCAUCGCCGCGGUUGCACAGACAACCGCCGCCACGGCCUGUCCCGGGCCAGCACCAGCCUCGAACCCUCAGACUGCCGACGGCGUUGCCUUUAAAGUCUUGCAGAAUGGUCUCGCUAAGCCGCGCGGCGUCGUCAUGGACUCGGAGGGCAACCUGCUCGUGGUCGAGGCAAAGGGCAAGGGGGUGACCCGCGUAGUUCUCGAUGACGCUGAAGGCCUCGAUGUCUGCGUUUCGUCCAGCGCGCAGCUGAUUGACGACAGUACUCUCAACCACGGCAUCGCGCUGUCCAGCGACGGCAAGACGCUGUUUGUCUCGUCGGACUCGAACGCUUAUGCGUACCCCUAUGACGCCUCCAAGGGCACUGUCGGAAACGCAAAGCACCUCAUCAAGGGCAUGAAGCAGACCGGCCACGUCUCCCGCACGCUGCUGGUGCCCCGCCAUAACUCGGAUCUGCUGCUCGUGUCGCGCGGAUCCGACUCGAACAUUGACAAGGAAACGGCCGAAAUCUCUUCCGGGCGCAGCCAGCUACGCAUAUUCAAGAUUCCAGACCUCGUCAAGGACGGCGCGGAGGCGGUCGAGUACACUGCCGGCGAGGUGCUGGGUUGGGGUUUGCGUAACAGCGUUGGGGUUGCGGACGACCCGACAAACGGCCACAUUUGGACUGUUGAGAACUCGAUCGAUAACAUGGAGCGCGAGGGCACCGACAUUCACAACUCUAACCCUGGCGAGGAGCUCAACUUUCACGGUCUGCCCAACGACACCUCGAGCGCGCAAUAUGGUCGCAACUUUGGCUACCCCGGCUGCGUUGCCAUCUACGACCCCAGCAACGUCAAGAGCUUUUCCAUCGACGGCGGCCCGAAAGUUGGCCUACAGAUGACGGGCGAUCACAUCACCGGCUACACGGACGACUGGUGCCGCGAGAACGCGACUGCGCCGCAUCUCACCUUUGGAUCUCACCUGGCGCCUCUCGAUAUCAAAUUUCUCAACGACGGUAGCGCGGCGCUACUUGCUAUUCACGGAAGCUGGAACCGCCAACCCCCCAACGGAUACAGACUCAGCCGCGUCAGCUUUGCCGACGGACAGCCCGUGGCCAAGGCAGACAGCGACGACGCCGAGGAGAAGCUCCUGUGGAACGCCGACAACGCCGAGUGCCCCAGCAAGUGCUUCCGCCCGGCCGGUCUCUGGCUCGACGGCAAGGGGCGCACCUUUAUGACGAGCGACAGCUCCGGCGAGCUCUUUGUCGUCACCGGCGUCAGUAACAAUGGGCCCAAGGCCAAAGUGAAUGGCGGAGACCAGACCUCUGGAGCUGAGCGCAGCAUGCGUAAACAGUUUGGGUCCUGGCUGUGGUAA